GCCUCCGAACUCUAAGUGCCGCCGCAGCUGCUCCAAGACACUGCUCAGCCUCCAGUAAUCGACCUUCGAAAGCGGCACACGCCUCACUUCUGGCCAUGGCCAGUCUUGGAGCAAUCGCUGGAGCGCUCGCUCUUGCUCUGGUGCUCCUCAUCGUUGUGCCACCUACCAAACGCCGGAUUGGCGCUGCCAGAGCCUCCAAGCGCUAUGGAUGCGCCGCACCUCCGCGCCUUCCUGCCAAAGACCCAGUAUUCGGCAUCGACACCGUUCGGGACAGUAUGCGGGCGGCGAAAGAGAACCGGCGAAUCAAGACGAUAUAUUCCCAGUACCAGAAGUACGGUCGAACGUUUGAGUCCUGGCCGUUCGGUCGAAGAGUCGUCUCCACCGUCGAUGCUCGCAACAUCCAAUUCAUUCUGGCCACCGAGCAUGAGAAGUUCGGCGUGGGUCCGGUAAGGGAGUUGGCGCAGGUGCCUAUGACCGGGAAGGGUAUCAUCACGUCCGAUGGCGAAGUAUGGCGCCACGGCCGGGACAUGAUUCGACCUACCUUUACACGCAGCCAAAUCAACGAUCCCGAAAUGUUUGACAGGCACGUCGGGAGAUUCCUCGCCUUGUUGCCAAAUAACGACGACACCGUGGACUUGAAGGAGUUGUUUGAUCGACUCAUUCUAGAUUCGAGCUCGGAAUUCAUCUUUGGCGAGUCUAUGCGCAGUCUCCUGAUGAACGACUGUCCCAUCGACUCAAAGACCUUCCUGGAUUCAUUCAGCUACGCCCAAAAAGGCGUUGGCGCUAGAGUUCUGAUGGGGAAGAUGAGCUUUGUGCUCCGCGACCACAAGUUCUGGGAGUCGUGCAAACUGAUCAGGUCCUAUACGCAGCGACACGUUGACAGAGCCCUGGCGCGACGCGAGAAGAAUCCCGACGAGGAUCAGCGCAAAUACAUCCUUGUUUAUGAGAUGGCCAAGGAAACAACUGAUAGAGAAGCGCUGUGCAGUCAGCUACUGAAUGUCUUCUUUGCUGGUCGGGAUACACCGGCCGUUGCUCUGUCGAACGUCUUCUUUUGCCUAGCUCGUCACCCGGAAGCUUGGCAGAAGAUUAGGGAGGAGGUUGCGGGGGUGACGAAGGAAGACCUCACCUUCGAACGCUUGAAGAGCUUCAGAUAUGUGCAGCAUUCCAUCAACGAGGCUCUCAGGAUCUACCCACCUGUUCCGAAUCAGUCACGCGGCUGUCUUGCUCAGACUAUGUUGCCGUACGGAGGUGGACCGGAUGGCUCGUCUCCCAUUCUCGUCAAGCCCGGCGACACAGUCUCAAUGAGCUACUUCACGAUGCACCGCAAUCCUUCCGUCUACGGCCCGGACGUGGAGGCGUUUCGGCCCGAGAGGUGGAAGGAGAUCCGGCCGAAUUGGGACUAUGUGCCGUUUGGAGGCGGGGCGAGACAUUGCCCAGCACAGCAGCUGGCGCUCUUCUGGGUGGCGUACACGGUGGUGAGGAUGGCGUUGGAGUUCAAAGAGGUCCAGAACCGUGAUCCCGUGAUGGAAUACGUGGAGAGUCUGAAGCUGAAUAUGGAAAGCGGGAACGGGGUCAAAGUGGGCUUGGUGAGGGCUUGAAGGCAGCUCGAUCAGGCCAUCGGAUGUUGCUCGGCACAGUGGCGGGCGCAGGGCGUCUGCAACGUGCACGUUACGG